AUGCCCAAAAAUCGGUUUGGGUGAAUCAGAAUAUUCGCGAGAAAUAGGAUGGGAAUGGGCGGAUGGAUCGGGAUCGAGACAUGGAGGUGGGGCAGAUACAAGCCAAACGACUUGACCUGCUACGUACCUGUCUUCCUUUAAUGGCUGGUACAGAGUCUCCUGCUCGCAAAGAGGUCAAACCCAUAUUUAUACACCUUGAUGACAGGCCAACCGGGAGGCGUGGCAGCCCCAGGGGAUUCCCGAGGGAAGAGAUCUCCGAGGGAGGACUCCAACCUUCAUGGAAGACAAUCCAAGCUUGCUCCCCAACGACGGGUGGAUGCUGAUCAGACUGCUGUGAUCCUGGAGCAGUCCCAUCGUCAUCGACUCAUCCUCGAAGAUGAUUCUAAGGAGGAGGAGAUCGAGCAUGAUGACACUAUCCUAGUUGACGCCCAAGAGCUGCUCGUGCUUCUCAUGCAGCCUCGGGAUAAAACUAUGUUCACUAAGAGUGUCUCGUACAAGAAUGGUGGUUCCACUCAAGAUCUGGAGGGAAGCAAAAUGAAGAAGACUACUCGCAUAUCCUUCACAAAUGAGGCCCUACAACGGGAUUCAACUCCCUAAGUUAGCCUGCCACUGAAGAAAAUCGGCCUAGCGGUUCAUCAAUGGUGACCAGCACUUUGCGACGCCGAAUUAGAAAAAAGAGCAGCUAUCAAUCCCUUUUGAGGCACCCUCGGGUCAAGAAGAGAAGGAGGCCCUUGUUGAUUCUGACGUUGCCACGCCCGAGGAUCACCAAGAUGUCCUUGACUCUGAUGGAUAUCAUUCGACGGAGGACAUAGAAUCCUUUGAGAUCAAGCAGCAAUCGCCAGCUGGUGCAUCCAAACAGACCCGCCAAACUAGGAAGGGUCGUGUAAACCAAGUGGUGGCAGCUUUUGAGGCUAGUCUGAUCUUUGCAAAGGAUGAGGGAGACUCUCGACCUCAUCUUGCUGGCGAUCCUGUGAUUGAUACUAUCAUGGGACGUCAUCAAGAAGAUGACAAUUGAUCUACCUGGCAGCUGAAUGAAUAUGGUUCUAAUUUGCUGGACCCUGUAAUUGGGAAUCGAAAACAUGCGCCGGAUAAAAUGGAGGGAGAAGUGGGAGAUCCUUCUAUACCGAAAAAACAAUUUGUGGAAUUAGCUGAAGUUCUUGAUAAGGUGGAGGAAGCCAGCCUCGAGUGGCCCUCAUCGGAUAAAUGAGGCGACUGGCCUAGAAUGUGAGGGGAAUUGGACCAUCACUCAUAUUCCAAAUAGCUCUCAGUUUAGUUCAUUCUAAUAAACCGGAUCUCUUGUUUUUCUCUGAAAACACGAUCGAGCCGGAGAGUAGUUUCCCGUCAUAUGUGGGGGUUAGGUUUUCAUCAUUCUCAUUGUUUCUUUGUUUAUGCGAUUGAUGCAUCUGGAGGUUUAGUGUUUGCUUGGUCCCUCGGGUUGACGCUUCAGUGUUUUUUCAUUCUAACUUUUGUAUUUGUACACAAAUUAAUGAAGUGGAUUUUUUUAUGUCGUGAUUUUUUGUUUACAUUAGUUGUAAUGUUGCAAUAAGAGCUACACAAUUGGCUCAGCUACGUGAGAUUUGUGAUAAUAUCCACCUGCCCUAUGCUGCCAUUGGUGAUUUUAACACUACUCUUCAUGAGAGUGAAAAGAAUGGUGGAUUGUCGUGGAAUGUUGCUCAAUCUCUUAGCUUGCGUGACUUUAUCCAGGAUUUGGGCCUUCAUGACCCAGGUUACCAGUAUGAUCAGUUCACUAGGACGAACAAACGUAUGGGCGUAGCUUGCAUUCGUGAGAGGUUGGAUAGAGCUCUUUGCUCUCACCCUUGGAUUGAUCAAUACCUGGAUACCUUGAUCAAACACUUCACGGAUCAAGGAUUAGAUCAUCGAGCCCUUCUCCUCUCUGGCAAGCAUUAUGCUCGGAAUAGCCUCCCCCUUUUUUGAUUUGAUGCCCGUUGGGCGUAUAAUGCGGAGGUCAAGGCAUGGUGAAUUACGUCUAGCAAGAGAUUGACCGGACACUAAGAAUUCAAUUUGUUGUAUUCAGGGUACCCCUAUGUUUCGACUUUGGGAACGCCUUAAGAAGUUACUCCAUUUGUUGUAUGAUUGGAGUAGGUCGGGCACUAAGAAUUCAAUGCGUAAUAUUAAAAAUCUCCAGGCUGAGAUUGACCGGACAAAAUUGAUUCAUCGCAUUGAUUGGGUUGUGAUCCGGAGCCUAGAAGUUGAGCUAAAUCAGCAAUGGGAGGCGGAGGAAAUCUACUGGCAGCGAAAUUCCAGAGUUCGAUGGUUGAAAAAGGGGAUAAAAUACAUCCUAUUUCCAUACGGUUACGAGGGCCCGUCGAAAAUAGAACUUCAUAUCCGGCCUUCACAGUGACAAUGGAGAAUGGAUCAUUGAAGAAAAUGGGAAAGUAUCCAUUGCUAAUAAUUUUGAUCAGACUCUUUUUACCUCGGAGACUCAAUUUCCAAAUAUGGCUAAUAGGGUGGCGACUCUCCCCAUCCCUCGCAGUGUUACUCCGAAAAUUAAUGGCAAUUUGACGG